AUGCUCCAACUGAAACAGAUAUCCAAGGUGCUUACCCAGGGACUUCAGGAAGUGCCUGCCGGGUAUGAAUCCACCGUGCUUGAGCGGCUGCCUCUCGGUAUCUCCCUCCUUUCGCCUGAAGGCCACCCGCUAGCCACCGUCACCAACGAACUGGCGCUCAAACAAGCAGAGAUAUCUGCCGAUAGCCUUCGUGUCCACGGGCUUAUUGGCUACCAACACAUGGAGCAGCACCCGGACCAGCUGUGGGCGUUGUGUGAGAUCGAUCCACGGCUCCAGCUCAUGGUAUCUCGUGUGGCGACGGCUCAGCCUCGGUACCUUGUGGUGUACUACCAUUCAGGGUUUCCUCGGGCAGCGGCCAAGCUCAAAUUGGAUAAUAUGACUCAGGUGUUAGCCAAAGGGUUAGAGGGAUACUAA